UGUUUACAAACAUUGAAUUUUUAUAAACAUUUUAGAUUUUCAUGAAAAUUUUUAAGAAAAAUUUGGAAAAAUACUCAGGAAAAUGAAUAACUGUGGACUUUGUCAACAGCUUAAUAAUAAUUUAAUAGAAAUUUACACUAAACGUCUAAAAUCGUUGGCACAAAUUAUACUAAAACUAAAAGGUUACAAGCAUAACUGGGAUCUUAAUUUAACUUUAAUAGUUUGUGAAAAGUGCAUACAUGGUCUAGAAAAUGUAGCUACUCUCUGGGAAAGUAUACCAGAAGCUAAACAAGAACAUGCCACGGAAAAUGUAGGAACUUCGCCAGAAAUAUCAAAGCAAAAGGUUGAAGAGGAUUCUAGUCAUAGAAAACCAAAUAUAUCGGCCAUAACUAUAAUAAACCCUGUUAACACAGAGAAAAAUAUAAGAACUUUGUACGGAAUGGAAGAGCAAAUGUUUGAAAAAGAUAAUAACCAAGUAACUUCUAGUCAUACACAAGCAAAAUUGCCAACCAUAACUUUAAUAACACCUAAAGAAAAUUUAGAGAAAACUUAUCAUGAACCCAUCAAAUUACGCAUCAAACUACCACCUAAAAGAAAAAGAAAGAAUAAAGUAUUAACAGAUAAUAAUUUAGAGUCCCAAGCAUUGAAUACUAACUCGGAAAUAGCUGGCAAACGUUUAAGACGUCCUCCCAAACGUUAUGAAGAUUUCAAAAACCACUCACUCAAUAAAAAGUCAAACGAGCAGACUUUAAAGAGCCUACCCGAAAUGUCUACAUUACGUUUAAGUAAUGGUGAUGUUAUUGCGAAACUUGUGGAAAUGGAUAACAGUGAUAUAUCAUCUAAAUUGCGAAUUUUAUGCCAAUUUUGUACAAAAGUUUUCCAUUUUGAAAAAGAGUUUCAAAAUCAUUUAAAAACUCAUAAUAUUAAUGUAUCGAAUGGUUUGACCGAUGCUGGACAAAGUUAUUUAUAUUAUUGUAAAGUAUGUGAUAAAUCUUUUCGAGAACAUUAUGCUGUAAGGCGACAUUAUAGAAUUGCUCACUCUGAGGAGAGGCCGUUAAAAUGUAAAUAUUGUGAGGCGAGUUUUAAGGUAAAUAUUUAA